AUGGCUUUCUACAUGAUUUUCUUGCUACUCGGACUUCACGUGCACGCUUCUUUAGGUGGCACACUCACAGUUAUCGAUUAUGGGGGCCAAUGUGCGGUUUGGUCUGGUGAUAACUAUGGAUGUACAGGGUCUUCUGAGACCUUUUCCCUUAUAAAGGGCAACGACUGCUCCCAAUUGAGCAAGGUUGUCGACGGGUUGCGUGUGGAAAUGGCCACACUUAACGUUGGUAUAUGUGGGACCCAAGAAGGCCGCCCAGUUGCUUGGAUUGAGAUCAAGAAAAGCGGCCACGUCACGUUUUCUAACAAAGAUGGCGCUCAAGCCGGAUGCAAGCUCGACGAUUCGUUCAAAGUUGGCAGCUCUUGUACUGUGUCUAAUGCGAUCAAGUCACCGACUGCAUCUACCACUUCAACCCUGAAGACUUCUUCAACCACUACCGUUACGUCUCAAGCUGCGGAAUCUACAUCUGAAUCAUCAAUCCUUGUGGCCUCGCCGACUUCGUAUGAGUCAGAGCCUACUGCCUCGCCGACGGUGGAUGAUUUGUCGACAGCGGUACUGUCUUCAACAUCAUCUGGCCUUCCCACUUGUCAUGUUACCUCCGAGUAG